UUCCUUCUCCUCCAAAACCGGUAAUAAUCUCGCUCCAGAUCAAUUUUACUUUUUCAUCUUUCGUUUCCAUUCUCUAAUUGGUACUCCAUCUUGUUUCUCAUGUGCUCCUUUAAUUGAAGCUAAAACAUGAAAAGUGACGAUGAUUAGAUGAUUUCCUUGGAUUUCACGAAUUGGGUUUGCUUUCGGAUUCGUGAUCGUAGAAAAAUUUAUACGCGACCCGGAAGCUCUCUUGUUUGAAUCCUGUAUUUAGAUCCCAGCUUGAAUUUACCGAAGUUCUAAAGACACAUAAAAUCGCCUGUUGAAACCCUAAUACUCAUCUUGAUUGAUUUUGAAUUGGAAGCUUUAAUUCUAGGGUUCGUUUCUCUUUCUUUUUUCCUUCUUGUGAGUGUAAAGCCCUAAUUAGGGUUCGAUUCUCUUAGGCAGAUUUUGAUCUCUAGAUUUCCUCAAGAUGCCGGCAACAGCAGGAAGGGUUCGCAUGCCUGCGAAUAAUCGGGUGCAUAGCAGUGCAGCCUUGCAGACGCACGGUAUAUGGCAGAGUGCAAUAGGAUACGAUCCAUAUGCGCCUAACAAAGAUGACUCCAAGAACUCGGCGCAGCACAAGGCAUCUAACUCCGAACCAGAGGCUGAGAAUGCUUAUGCCAGCUUUCAGGGUCUUCUGGCGCUUGCCCGUAUUACUGGUUCAAAGUCUGAUGAGGCUCGUGGAGCUUGUAAGAAGUGUGACCGUGUUGGUCACCUUACGUUUCAGUGCAGGAACUUCUUGAGUGUCAGGGAUGAUGUUAAAGGGAAAGACCCUGAAGCUAUUGAAGCAGCGAUUUUGUCUGGGCUGGAUAAGAUUAAGGGGAAGAAGGCUGCUGAGAGUGAGGAAGAGGAAGAGGAGAGUGAGAGUUCAGAUUCUGAUGCUGAUUCGGAGAUUGAGAGGAUUAUUGCUGAGAGAUAUGGGAAGAAGAGAUGUAGUAAGGGGAAGUCAUUGAGAAAGAGGGAGGAGGAUUCAGAUGAUUCAGAUUCAGGGGAUAGGAGGAAGGACAGAAGGAAGUCAAAGAAAAGGAGAAGUGGGGAGAGGGAAUAUGAUGGUUCUGAGGAUGAAGAUGAAGGUAGGAGGAAGAGGAGAAAGGAGAAGAGGAGAAAGAGGGAUGAGUCCUGUGAUGAGGAUGGUGAGCCUCGGCAACAUAGGAGAAAGAGUAAGAAAGAGAAGAGAAGAAGAAGAAGUCAUCACCAUCCAGAUUACUCUGAUUCAGAAUCUCAAGACGCCAGAAGAAGGCAUAAGCGGAAGAGCAGGAGGGCUGAAUCAGAUUCUGAUUCAUGAUGAUCAGUAGCUUUUGUAAGAUUCGUUGAGCUCAUAUGUCUGAAGCAUGAUUGAUUUGUGCAUCUUACAUAUAGAUGAUCUAUUUGCAUAUAAUUUUUUCAAACUCUACAAAUGUACAUCAAAAUAUGUAUCCAAAUCUACAAACAUUUUACUUACUAGAUGGAACAUAAGCAGCAUUUGCUCCA